UACAUUUAACUGGACACAUGUUUAAACACAUUGGAGUGAAACCUUACAUGUGUGGGGAGUGUGGAUACAGGACGGCCCUAAGGUCUUCUCUUCACGGCACAUGAGGACCCACACUGGAGUGAAACCCUAUAAGUGUGACCAGUGUGACUAUUCUGCUGCAUGGAAAGCCAGUUUAGACCGACACAUGACUCAACACACUGGAGACAAACCCUACAUGUGUGAGGAGUGUGGACACAGGACGGCCCAAAGACUUACUCUUUCACGGCACAUGAGGACCCACACAGGUGAGAAACCCUACAAGUGUGACCAGUGUGACUAUUCUACUGCAUGGAAAACAAGUUUAAACAAACAUAUGGCUAAACACACUGGAGACAAACCCUACAAGUGCGGGGAAUGUGGAUACAAGACAGCUUACAAGUCUACUCUAACCAGGCACAUAAGGAUCCAUACUGGUGGAAAACGCUACAAAUGUGACCAGUGCGACUAUUCUGCAACAUACAGACGCCAUUUAGCCGAACACAUCUUGGAUAAACACACUGGAGACAAACCCUACAUGUGUGGGGAGUGUGGAUUCAGAACAGCUUACAGGUCUGCUCUAGUCAAUCAUAUGAGGACCCACACAGGCGUGAAACACUAUAAAUGUGACCAGUGUGACUAUUCUGCUGCACAGAAAGGCCAUUUAGACCAACACAUUAUGGCUAAACACACUGGAGUCAAACCCUACAUGUGUGGGGAGUGUGGAUUCAGGACAGCUUACAAGUCUGCUCUUUCCAGGCACAUGAGAACCCAUAAAGAAGAGAAGGCCUACAAAUGUAACCAGUGCGACUUUUCUACAGCACACAAACAGAAUUUAGACGAACACAUGGCUAAACACACUAGAGAAAAACGCUAUGAAUGUGACCAUUGUGACUAUUCUGCUGUAGAGAAAAAGGAUUUAGACUCACACAUAGUUAAACACCAUAUAUUCAAACCCUAUAUGCUGUAGUGAGUAGUAGUAAGCC